AUGGUUCUGAGCACCUGCUGUGCGGAAGCCACUCGAGCUCCUCGCAGUGCCAAGGGCCUCACUACUGCUUCCCACCAAGGGCCUGGGCUGAGCCUCCUCCUGUCGUUUCUGAGACCUUGGGGAACGGUCCUUGUGUGCUUGAGCAAGUUAAAGGCCGGGAGAUGGUUUUUCCCACUCCCCUGUUGUGCUAAUAUAAGGAGAGCUAAGGCCUGUGACUUUGGGGGCGAGAACUGCCUGCUACCGUCUGACCGGUCUGCCGUGCUCGCAACAUGGACGGUGGUGAUGAUCCCCAGCCUGCUGCGGGAUGUGCACUAGUGACGAUGCGGUCAGGCCCAGUCGGGGCCCCCAUUCUACAACUACUUCCCAUGCUCAAAGGCCAUCCGUGUGGCUGUGGAAUGGCUGCUGCCCCGGGAGGAGUGCAGCCAAUAGGUGGCGGAUGGCAAAAACGAUGGGGCUGAGAAUGAAGCUGCAGAGACUGAAGAGACCAAGGAGGAGAGGCUCUUGGGGCAGCUGGACCUAGAAGCCCAGUUCCACCUGCAUUUCUCCAGCCUUCAUCACAUUCUUACCCAUCUUACCCUGAAAGCUGAGGAGGUGACGAGGAAAUACCUGGAGAUAAUGGGACAGGCCAUGUAGCCUCGGACUCUAGGCAAGGUAACGGUGGCCAUGCUUGUGGGUGUCAGAGUCCCCUGGGGGACGUUCCAGGGGAGGAGAGGGAGCAGUGGUGAACCCCAAGGCAGAGGGAGAGCCUGGCUCUCAGACAAAGUCACCCUCACUUUGGGCUCCUAAGACCACAACCUGGGAUGGCCUAAGGCCAGGCCUGCCUUAUUAUCCUUCCAACCCAGAAAUGCUGAGUAGGGAUGGUGAAUUGUGGAAACAUAAGGAAAAGUGGUUGGUGAGUGCACACUUUAGGUACACUCUAUGUGUUUGUGCAUUUAUUAGUAAGUAUGAAUAUGUGGAGCUAUAUGAACUAAACAAGUGUGUUUUCACUGUCAAUUUCUUUAAGACUCUAAUUAGGUGUUCCUGCCGUGGCUCAGUGGUAACAAACCUGACUAGUAUCCAUGCGGAUGUGGGU